ACCACUAUCCGGGGCGGGCGUCUUUCCCGUACCUAGAUCUACCUAUCUGUACAUUUACGAAUCUAGGGUAUAGAAUACAUUCGGGACAAGUUAGUUUAUCUGUGCUCUAGUGACUUGAGCUGAGACAGUCAAUUGUUUUGUCGUGAAGGACGGAGACCGAUCGUGGUGAAUAUGUGGAUGGAUUGAUUGAAUUGUGAUGGAGAUCUUCUACAAAUCGCACAUCUGGUUGGCGGCCGCUCUGCUGGCGGCAGGUGGCGUGUGCGCCGGCGCAGGAGUGCGGCGGGCGCCCGGCACCGGCUCCAUCCUCGACAUCAUCGACACGGAGCAGGUGGAGCGCAUCCUGGCAGCCCGCAAGCAGGCCGAGCAGGCGAAGGCCUCGUCGCCGACCUACUUGCAUAGAAAUGAGCUCGGCGACGGCAGUUCCGAAGCGAUGGUCGUCUCGGUGCCUGACCAAGAGGAGAUUACAGAGAUACCGCCAGGAGUUGAAUUCCGUAAAAUAUUGAAGUCGUCUAAAAAUGCCCUUGUUGUCACUAAGAAGGAAUAUUUGAAAGAAGAUUGGUGCAAGACAGAGCCGUUAGUGCAGAAGAUUCGAGAACCGGGGUGCCUGGCUACAACGGUGAUUAACAAGUUUUGUUACGGGCAGUGCAACUCAUUUUACAUCCCAAAGGGUCCGCGGCGACGGGAGAGUGCCGACGAGCGCCCGCCUCCUGCGUUUAAGUCAUGCUCCUUCUGUCGCCCCAAGAAGUUCACCUGGAUCGUGGUGACGCUGCGCUGCCCCGGACAGAGUCCGCCUUUUCGGUAUAAGCGUCUUCAAAAGAUCAAACAGUGCAAGUGUUUACCAGUGGGAGUGAAUUGACGGUGACUCUGUGAGGAUCCUCUGCAGAGGCGGUGUGACCGUCUGGUGCUAGCGGCAAAGUGCGCGCUUCGGUAGAAGCUCGUAAGUCGUGGAAUAGGAGAGCUCUGGUAUAGAAUCAAAAAGAAGCGCAGAAUAACGAAUUAGAACGACAUUGUUACCGUAUUGUUUUGAUACGAUAGUGCUAGUUGUGUCGAAUCGGCUCGAGGCAAAGUAGAUUCGGAUCGCGUGCUCUCAUAUACGUCAAUAGGAUGACGUCAUGAGAUGCAAGUAUUAGAUGCCUAGUAGAUUACUUUUUAAUGGAGCGACUUCAGUUAUGAGUCGUCAAGAGCUUUAAUUAUUGUCCGUAGAAAAACUAAUUAGUGUGUUAUAAAAGUGUCAAAUUUGUAUCAGGCAUUGAUAAACAAUAAUUAAUUAAGUACCUACGAUUGUUGCGUUGAAAAUCAAAUCUGUUUUUCGAAAAUAAAAUAGAAUGCGGGAUUUGUUUUUAAUUGACGGCAACACAUUAAGACAGUGUGAUAUUAGCUGUAGGUCUGAGAUUAAUGUCGUAAUUUAGUUUUUAGAACUUGACGCGAACAAACUGUUUUAUAGUUAGUCCACGUAAGUAGUUAUUUGGCGUUUUUAUUUAUUGUAUGUGUAGUUCUUGUUGAAAGUAGUUCGUAGCGCUAAAACAAAAUACGCUUAUGCUAGUACGUAUUAUGAAUUAGGAAAUAAGCGGCUAAAACAUUAUAAACGGUAAAGAAUAUAAUAAUUUGUAAUAAUUACAGUAAUAUACCUAUUUAAGCAGAUAUAGUUUAUUUUGAUCUCUGUUUGCUCUCAAGACACACAUGCAUUUAUUUAUUUGUAUAGGUAAUUAUGAUAUUGUAUAAUAUGUACUUACGUGUUUUCAUUUAUAUUUAUGUAUACUUAAUAUACAUUUUCAUUUUUAUAGUGACCCGAGCAUAUUGUAGAUUAUUAGAUCUGAAAUAUACUAAUACUCUUUAUUCUUGACAGAAUUCGAAGUAAUUGUAAAAAAAUAUUUUCGAUAUUUUGUCAUCGUUAAUUAUACUUAUUUUAUUUCCAAGUAUAAUAUAAAUAUUUGAAUGAAUGAAUAAUAAUUUACAUAAAAAAAUUCAUUCAUUUUUUUCAUUUUUUUAAUAUAAAUAUUUGUACUUACAUUUCAAGUAACGUUGCCGGAUUUCCCAGGAUACCACCAUACCAAUUUCUGAGUUGUCAUUUUUGUUCUAUGUCAGAAUGAAUGAGAAUCAAGUUUAUAAUUUCAUUAUGUAUUUCGCUAAGUAACGUUCUAUAGAAAAUACCUAAUAUCUUGCCAGUGUUAACUUUAAUACGACCAUCCUCUUAUAAGUCAUAGGUCAUUAUUUUUUGGUUAAAAUAGGAUUCUACAUGGCUCUAUGUACUUAUAAUAUAUUUUUUUACAUUUUGUAUUUGCGUUUCCAAAUAAUUAUAGGUAUUGUGUCAUUAAGCAAUCAUUCGUUAUCUUCAUCAUUCAUUACCUAUUUGUAUGUGUCUUUGCAAAAAGUAAAAUCUAGUUUACAUUAAAAAAUGAGUUUUGAUAAGUUUCAGUUUACAUUCUACUUUUAAAAAUAUUUUUAAAUUUUAUGUAAUAACUGCUUGAAACUAUUACAGCAAGUAAAAAAAUGUGUCAUAUUAGCUAUUUGUUUAUUGUACUGUUCUACUUGAUUUGUAGUUCCGGGACUCUAGAAGUAAUAGUACUUCUAGAGUCCUUGGGAUGUUAGUGCUUAAACAGAGAUAUUUUCACAAAGGUAUUUGUAUAGAUAUCGAAUAUUGAUACACAAUAUCGUUUUAACUGUUGUUUACAGCUUGAUAGAUCUGUAAGCGUCUUGGUUUAAAACUAAAACGUUACAAUUUACAAAAUGUAUUCCACUAAAAAAUCCACAUUACGUCACAAACUGAUUUUUAAAAUAAAUUUUCUCCAAUACAAUGUUUUUUUAAUACUUUUCUUAUUACGCAAUUACUUGAAAAUAUUAUUGCGUUGUGUAUUCAUAAAACUUGGGUGUUUAACAUGCAAAAAAGAAUUGAAAAAAAGGGAUGAUUAAUAAGUGAAACAUCAUUUUACACAGAGAUAUAAGUCACUUUAUUUAAUAACGGAAAAAUAGAAAGAUAUUCAUAUAAAGUGGUAUUGCUACAGCCUCAGUUUACGCCGCCUAUUCAAUUAUACAUGGUUUUCUAUACAUACUUACAAAUGUUCUUUUAUUUCUUGUUAUUUUAUUCAUCUUCUUAAUAACUGUUAAUGAUAGUUAUUAAUACGGGUAUCACCCACCCAAUCGGGAUCUUGUCGGAUCUUACCUAUAUACAAAGUGAUGUAACUAAGAACUUAACUAAGAGAUUAAUUAGGAGCAGGAAAACGGGUCAUCGGAUCGGUGACGACGUCCAUAAUCAUCUUGGAGAUGACCACGGAAGUCGUCUUGAAUAACCGCGAUCAUCAGAGAGAGAUCAUCUGAUGAUCACGGUGAUGGGUCAAAACAGGGAUGACUGUUUGAUCGCAUCUGCAACUUUUGGAACAGAGAAAGUAUAGUUGAAAAUGCGCUGCUCCUGUGAGACUUAGAUGUUUUGUCUCCUGUGCCGGUAACAUUGCUGGCUGUCUCAGCUCAUUCAGAUGUGUCUAUAUUUUACAAUACCUUAAACACGUGAAUUAGGUGAGAGGGUGGUACCUAUCCGUCGGGCCGUUCACACAAGGCCCUCCCACCAGUAACACAGGUCUUCUAAGUUCUCAGUGACACACAUCCAAGUAUAAUAAAGAUACAAUGGUGAAAAACUGACAAGUGCGUGUCGAAAUGUUUGAUAGUAGCCGUAUGAACAUAAAGCCGGUCACCCAUUGGGGUACAAUUCUCACGCACACGCCACGUACGCACCUCUGGCUGCAGUACCCGCGCGCGGUGUGUGUGCGAGGUA